AUGGACGAAUUACAUCCGUGUGUGUGUAUGUCAGUUAGCCAAGAACUAAGUGGCAGUUUACAGAACGCUUUGGCAUGCAAUUUGCAAGCUCCGCCGUCUCAUUUUUAUGGUAUCCACUUGAGCUGCAUGUCGGCGUCUGAUGAAAGAAGAGAGCAUCAUAUGAAAAUCACGGGGAGACUGAGGCAGAGUGACAGCGAAUUGGCCCUUGCACUGACCCAUUCUUUAUGGAUUGGAUUAAGUUUACGAUCGACAAUAAGAUGCCCUGAUCGCAAUGUGCCUUAUCUGAUGACUCCUCCACCUAACUUCAGCAUCUCGCCUGACCCGUCAAUUGACCCUAUGACCUCAUCGCCACAACUCAUCCAAUGA